CUUGAACACAUGAACACAUGUAACAUGUAUAUAAAUGAAGCAGAAAAAAGUGUUGAUAACUUUUAAAUUGUGGUGCUUUUUAUGAUGAUUUCAAUGAGUAUUUAUAGAAUAUUUCUCAUCUCCAUCAGUCUACACUUCAUUUCAUCAAACGUAACAUUAGUACAAGACAAUCAAGAUGGUAGUCAAGAUGUACAAACUCAAACUCAUUUUGAUAUCCCAUCACCAAGUGAAACAACAUGGCGAUUAAUUCAACAAUUGAAACAAAUGAAAUUAGAAUGUCAAUAUUUAUUGAAUAAACUAGAUCGAAUUCUACCACCAUCAUCUACAAAUUCAGCAGAUAAAUAUUUGUACAAUGGAUUGUUAUCAAGUGUUUGUAUUGGAAUUUCUGUGUGGGCCUGGCAUGUUCAUAAACAGUAAUCAUAGUCAUACUUAUUAUAAAUAAAAAUAAUAAUAAUAAUAAUAAU